CUGAACAGCAGUUUAAAUUUACAACGCACUUCAGGAUUACAACAUAAAAAUGAAAGACUAUGACUAGAAGGCAGAACUUGCAGAAAAUCUGGAAGAGGCAAAGAAGACUAACAAACCAGAUGUCACACUGUGAAGCAGCCAAGGAACUGAGCAAGAUGAAUAAUUUUUAAGUGAAAUUAAAAAAGGGUUGGUUUGAGGAAAUAUCAGAUCACUCCUUUUCUUUAUGAAGAAAACAAAUUAGAGAAACUGGCUAUGGACUAUCAUUUCAUUGAGCUUCAAGGGUGAUGCUGUUAUAUUAGUUUCACAAAUCUGUGAGCACCUAGAGACUGUGGAUAUAAAGAACAAAUUCUAAAUCACCUUCCUGUUCCAGCAACAAGACAGUUAUUCACUGAACCACACAUGCAAAGAAUCUACUGUGGGAGGAAGAGAGAAGGUCUGAUUUUUCUAAACUGAAGAUGAACAAUUCAAGAAGUAACUGCACAGAAGAUGGAUUUAAGUACAUGUUAUACAGUACCGUUUUCAGUAUCGUCUUCAUUCUGGGGCUGCUCUUCAACAUGGUGGCAAUGUACAUCUUUAUAUGGAGACUGAAAGUACGUAACGAGACCACAACGUACAUGCUGAACCUCAUAGUGUCGGAUACACUCUUUGUCCUCAGCUUGCCCUUCAGGACAUUUUACUUCAUCAAUCAACAGUGGCCUUUUGGCAAUGCUCUCUGCAAAAUCUCAGUGGCCCUGUUCUACACCAAUAUGUACGGCAGUAUCCUCUUCCUCACGUGCAUCAGUGUGGACCGUUUCCUGGCAAUUGUUUACCCCUUUGCUUCCAUGACACUUAGGACCAAGCGCAAUGCCAGAAUAGCCUGCUGUGCCAUCUGGGUGUUCCUGAUCUCAGGAGGAUUACCUGCAGGUUUUCUGAUGGACACCACGUCUUCUCCGAAUGGUACACAAUAUUGUUUCGAAAACUACUCUAACUUUCAGUGGCAGUCCCAAGUGUCAAAAGUGGUGGUGUUCAUGGAGAUAAUGGGUUUCUUUAUUCCAUUGCUGAUAAACUUUAUCUGCUCCAUGAAGGUCCUGCGAACCUUACGGCAUCCGGAGAGCCUCAACCGCGGUGGGCAGCUCAACAAGGCCAAGAUUUUGCGCAUGAUUGUGGUGCACUUGUUCAUUUUCUGUUUUUGCUUCAUCCCUUACAAUGUAAACUUGGUGUUCUACACACUUGUCAGAAGUCAGGUUAUUACAAACUGCACUGUGGAGUCAGUGGUCCGGACUAUUUAUCCAAUCGCAUUCUGCAUUGCGGUGACCAACUGUUGCUUUGACCCUGUGAUCUAUUAUUUCACUUCCGAGACAAUACAGAACUCCAUUAAACGGAAGUCUUAUGCAGUCCAUAAAAAUACAAUAAACAAUACAAUUGAUGUUGAUAGUUGCAGAACUGAUUAUGUGACUAAAAUCACAUCUUUACAAGUUAAAUUUAUCAAUGAUGAAUCUACUGUGUGAAUGAAACCCAGGCAAUAAAUGCCAGGAAAAGAUUUAAUUAAUACUAUGCCACUUGAAGAAAAUGAUACGCUAUGAACAUUCUUGGAUUUUCAACCAAAACAAGCACUGGGUAUAGAGCAAAGGAUGCACUGGAUUUAUACAUCUGACUGAUGACUUGUGAACUUUCUUUAACACAAAAUGCAUUAGUUAAUCUUCUUGGUGCCAACUAUUUUGUGUUCACAAUCCAAUCUCAAUUCUCAUGGAACAUUUGUUUUAAUGGUCGAUUGAUCUACCAUUUGUAUACAAAUGUGACAUGGCAUUAAACAGUAUUUCAAGACUAAGUGCUAAAGCUCUUUAUUCUCUAUUACAGAGAAAGCCUAUGUAAUAAGAGCUCAAUCACUGUUUGAGUCCAUUCAGUGUCCAUUCAUUUUGUUUUACACGUAAACCUUCAGUAUUAAUACCCAUUAAAUGUCUCUUUAAACAUCUGGCUUAUGUUUAGUAACAUUCAUAU